AUGGCUGGCUCACCUAACUCCAACCUCCGCGGCUUCAACUACGCCGUACAAACCCUUCUCAAACAACCCUCGCAAUUCCUUCCACACCUCACUAUUCCAACAUUUACUCACUUCCCUGAGAACCUGGGUCCUCAUCUUACCUCUCAAUCUACACCUCCGCCCACUGAAAAACAACGAACCCCAUCAAUUCGCGCCCUAGUCCUAGACAAAGACAACACACUUUGUCCACCUAAAACAACUACCUUCCCUCCCCAAAUCCUCGAAAAACUUUCUGCGCUCCGCAACUCUCCUACGAGUCCUUUUAACCAGUCCAAAAACCCCCACGCUAUCCUCAUCGUCUCGAACCGCGCCGGAAGUCAUCCAAAUUUCGACUCGGAGGUAAAAUCUCUCGAAUCACAACUCGAGCAUUUACAGAUCCCUGUCUUUAGACUUCCGGCCGGGACAGAGAAGAAACCUUUUUGUGGUGAGGAAGUCGUGAAUUGGUUUAAGGAACGAGAGGUCAUUACGUCCCCCAAUGAGAUUGCUAUUGUUGGGGAUAGACUGGGCACAGAUGUUCUUAUGGCGGGGAUGAUGGGCUCUUGGAGUGUUUGGUGUAAGGAGGGUGUAUAUGAACCUGGGGAGGCUGGGAAACCUGAGAGGAAUUUGUUAGAGAAGAUGGAGGUUUGGAUUGAGAAGUAUCUUCGGGAGAGGAAAGGAAUGAGGGCUCCUGCUCCUAAGGGAUGGGAGUACUAA